AUGAAAGUUUCACUAUGUGUCCCACCUACCACAACUAUAUCCUGGGCGCUCGUGGACUGCCGUUGGGCUCCGCGGGCGCUCUUGACACAUGUUCGGGCGAGCGGGCAGGCGCUUUAUGUGCAGUUGGCAUUUGUUUUGGUGCCGUUUUUCGACCAUGCUGCCUACCUUUGGGCUGCGAUCAACAACACGAUGAAUCAUCACUACUACGAAGACUACAAGAACUUGCAUUGGAAAGUUGCCAAACACAUGCUGCUGGCCCAGCGGAUGUUUCGCAAACACUUUUCCAAGCUGGAGCUUCCAGCAUGGCAGCUCCUAGAUGGUCUUUUGGCUGAAAAUCUCCGAUUCCCAGCGACCGACUUUAAAAGCCCACAGUUGGGUCUUGGAUCCAUUGAGAAGGCUUGGCAUGCCAGACAUCAUUGGACGACUGAAAAGCGCUUCGGCUACGGAACUUAUGAUUCUGUCUCCAACUUGGCAGCUGCUGCAAGAGCGAAAGCAAAAGCAGGGGAGGCAGAGACAGAGGGCGAAAGCGAAAAACUGGAGCAAUUUCUCAAAGAGUAUUUGCAGCUUUUGACGGGGCAAAUUCAGACCACCUCCUUGGUGAACCGCUGA